CGCUGGCUGCUGGCGCCGCGCUGGGAAGCGGAGCAGCCUCGCCCCGGGCCCCGGCGAGGGCAUGGCCUCGCGGACGGACUCGCGGCGGUGACUCGCGCGCCCCAGACCCGUCGACGCUCCGGACGCACGGCUCCCGCGGACCUCGGCUUCCCAAGGGCAGGUGUCCCGGGACCCCGCACCCGCCCAGGAUGCUGACGCAGGCGCAGUGGGGGGCACUCUCCGUGGUGCUGAUUGUGGUCUGGGGCCAGCCGCCAGCCGCGCGGGCCUGUCCUCACCCUUGCGCCUGCUACGUGCCCAGCGAGGUCCACUGCACGUUCCGGUCCUUGCCUGCGGUUCCGGCUGGGAUUUCUAAACACGUGGAGAGGAUCAAUUUGGGGUUUAAUAGUAUCCAGGCUCUGUCGGAGACGUCCUUCGCAGGACUGACCAAGCUGGAACUGCUCAUGAUCCACGGUAACAACAUCCCCAGCAUCCCCGAUGGGGCUUUGCGGGACCUCAGCGCUCUGCAGGUGUUCAAAUUCAGCUACAAUAAAGUGCGCGUGAUAACGCGGCACACGCUGCAGGGCCUGUCCAGCCUGAUGCGGCUGCACAUGGACCACAACAGGAUCGAGUUCGUCCACCCGCAGGCCUUCCAGGGCUUGCUGUCCCUGCGGCUCCUGCACCUGGAGGGCAACCUGCUGCACCAGCUGCACCCGGACACCUUCUGCACCUUCACCUUCCUGGACCACUUCCGGCUGUCCACCGUGCGGCACCUGUACCUGGCCGACAACGCCCUGCAGGCCCUGCCAGACGGCAUGCUGCAGAACAUGCCGCUGCUCGAGAACCUCUACCUGCACGGGAACCCCUGGGCCUGCGGCUGCGGGAUGGCGUGGCUCCUGGGAUGGGGCGCCAGGUCCAGAGGCAUCCUCAAGUGCAAGAAGGACAAAGCCUAUGAAGGUGGCCAGUUGUGUGCCACCUGCUCCAGCCCCAGAAAGCUCCAGAAGCAGGAGAUCCUCAAGGUGACCGACAUCGCCUGCCUGAAGCCCUCCAUAGAGUCCCCUCUGAGACACAACCAGAGUCACCUGGAGGAGGAGGAGGAAGAGGAGGAGCAGGAACAAGAGGAGGCGGGGGACAGCCAGCGGGCCCCGGAGGGCUUCGGAUCCCCGCCGUGGAACAUCUCUUUGAAUAUGACCGACGAGCACCGGAACAUGGUCCUGCUGCUGUGUGACAUCAAGAAGCCGCGGGAUCUGUCCAGCGUUCAGCUGAACCAGACGGACCCCCCGGACAUCGACGUCAACGCCACCCUGGCCCUGGACUUGGAGUGUCCGAUGACCAGGGACAACUACGAAAAGCUGUGGAAGCUGAUCGCCUAUUACAGCGAGGUCCCCGUCAGGCUGCACCGAGAAGUUAUGCUCAGCAAGGACCCCGGGGUCAGCUACCAGUACCGGCAGGACGCCGACGCGGACGCCCUCUACUACACCGGCGUCCGGGCCCAGAUUCUCGCGGAACCCGAGUGGGUCAUGCAGCCGUCCAUCGAGAUCCAGUUGAACCGAAGGCAGAGCACGGCCAAGAAGGUUCUGCUGUCCUACCAGGCCCAGUACUCCCAGACGGUGUCCCCCAAAGACACCAGGAAUGCUCGGGGCACAAGCUGGGUCAUGAUCGAGGGGGCCACGCAGAGCGCUCACACGGUCUUGGAAGGCGGUCAGUGCCAGUUGAGCUGCAACGUCAAAGCGUCCGAGAGUCCAUCCAUCUCCUGGGUCCUUCCAGAUGGCUCCAUCCUGAAGGCGCCCACGAGUGACCAGGACAGCCGGUUCUCCGUCCUCAGUGGGGGGCAGUUGAGGAUCCAAUCCAUGGCGCCGUCGGACUCAGGGUUGUACCAGUGCGUGGCUCAGGUGAGGGAUGAAGUUGCCCAAGUGGCGUACAAGGUGCUGGUGAUGAGUGCCCCCAAUCCGCCCCUGGACAGAGAGACAGUGACCAUUGACAAAGACCCAGGGGAGUCUGCCAUAUUACCUUGUAGUACGUUGGCAAUACCCGAAGCCCACGUCACUUGGAUCCUUCCAAACAGAAGACUGGUCAGCGCUGUGGCUAAUACAUCCCAUGCCUAUAUGCUCCCAAAUGGGUCUCUGUCCAUCCCCAAGCUCCAGGUCGGUGACGGUGGCUACUACAGAUGCGUGGCCGUCAACCAGAAAGGGGCAGACCACUACACGGUGGGAAUCACCGUGCAGAAGAGUGGACCCGGCCGGUCCUCCAAGAGGGGCAGGCGUCCAGGUGCUAAAGCCUUUUCCAGAGUGAGGGGAGACGUUGUGGAGGACGAAGGAGGAUCGGGGACAGGGCAGGAAGACGACCCUUCAAGGAGAGUGCCACACCCCAAGGACCAACAGGUCGUCAUGAAGUCGAGGGACGAGGCUCCCCCCGGAGAUAAGAAGAUCAAGAAGGGGCGGAGGAAAAUGAAGCUCUGGAAGCAUCCGGAGAAAGAGCCCGAGGCCAGCGUCGCGGAGGGCCGCAGAGUGUUCGAGUCCAGGCGGAGGAUCAAUAUGGAGAACAAGCAGAUCAAUCCCGAGCGCUGGGCAGAUAUCUUAGCCAGGGUGCGAGGCAAAAAUCUCCCCAAAGGCACCGAAGGACCCCAGGUCCCGGAAACCACUACUUCUCCAUCCACGAGUCCAGAAGUGACCUCUCUGUCCCCUGCUAUGUCUCCGCCCUCUGUGUCUCCAGCGCAGACGGUCGCCAUUGACGAAGGGUCCUCGGAAGACGUGUCUCUGUUCGGUGAAGAAGAGCAGGUGUCAAGCACCCUGUCGUCCACCGGCACAGCCCACGAUGACGUGGUUCUCGGAGAACCCCAAGUCACAGGGGCACGUCUAGAGGAAGAGGUUGAGGAUGAGUUGGCCGAGAGGACUGGGGACGUGGCGCCCACUGAGGUGGACGUGAGGUGGGUUCCAGCCACCACCCUGAGGUCUGAGCCUCUUGACUCAUCUCCUGCUCUGUGGACCUCAGACACAGUCUAUGAGGAGCCCACAGAUGAAGAGAGAGCGACUGAGACUUGGUCUCCAGCCGUGGACACCACGUCCAUGCCAGAAGGUACAACAGAAGAUGAGGAGACUCCAUUGGAGACAAUCUCCUUGGCCGAGUCUGAGACGGUGCGGUCCUAUCAUCAAGAUCUGGAGGCGAAUUCAGAACCAGGGGAGGAGAGGACCUCUGCACACUUUCCUCUGACCCCCACCGCGUGGGUGGGUGACACCAGUCCAUCAGACUCCUUAGGGGAACCGGAUGACCCAGCCCUGUCACCUCUUCAAGGGCCAGCGGACAAUUCCCACCUUGAGAAGAGUAGCCUAAGCACCCAACGUCCUCCACUCACUAAAGAGGACAUGGCGGAGACGUCUUGGGGAGACCCGAGCGCGUCCAGACCUUCUGAAGGGCAAGACAUCAAACCCACGCUGACCGCCACGAGCCACAUUUCUCCGUUUGCUCAGCCCGGGGAAUCCACAACUGGAGCUCGACCCCACCAGGGUACCACCGUGGUAGCCAUGACAACGUCCAGUCCGAAGGCCACUUCACCUUCAGCACCGGCCACUCCCACUUCUCGAAGGAGGCCCAACGGGAGGAGGAGGUUUCGCCCCAACAAGUUCCGCCAUCGCCACAAGCAGACCUCAGCAACAGCUUUGCCCCCGCCAGGGACGUCUUCUACUCCACCAACUCAGGUCCCUGAGACAAAGACCCCAAGCCAAGUGGACAGUUCCCUGGUCCCCACCUCUUGGGUUGAUACCACCGUCAAUGUCCCCAAGCGGCUGGACCUGGAAAAGCAUCCAGAGCUUGGAUCCAAGGGAACCCCACGGAGGAAAAACGGGAAGAGGCCAAACAAACACCGGUCCUCCACAUCCACGGUGAGUCCCACGACAUCCGUGUCCAAGCCCAGCCCCUCUCCAGAAAAUGAACCUAAACAUGCUGUUCCUCCGAGUCUGGAAACCACAGUUUUGCCUAGAAUUGUCCCUCUGAGAACCAGGGACCCAUAUGAGGUCACUGGAGUGACAACCACCACAAAAAUACCUUCCUCUCAUGCGACCGUCCAAGGGACCACUGUGGUCACCCAUAAACCCGAGUCAGAUGGAAAAGAAAUGGCCAAUGACGGUGUCACCAAGGUGAACCGUGAUGAAACGGACACUUCCGUCCCCAAUGCAUCUUCCAUGAGUGUCUCACCAACUUCUGUUUCCUGGGCUUCCACUGUGGGGGAUUUCAAGGAAGAAUCUCCUCCUUUAGGUAUUCCGGGAGUCCCCAGUUGGAGUCCCCCAAGGACAGCCCAGCCCAGGACACUGCAGACAGACCUACCUCUGACCAACUUGGGGGAAGAACUUACAGACCCGCCAUUUUUGAAAGAGUUGGAAGAGGUGGAUUCUACUUUUGAAGUUUCCCCUUCGGCUCCGGUGUCCACACCGUUCCGGCUGGAGGGACUUGGUGUCCCAACCCCUGUCUCAGACCUCCAAGUAGAGUGGUCUUCAAGUCAGGUGGAGACCACCACCAGUGAUCAGGAUGAGGGUGAAACCACUGUGGUCCCUGGUUCUUCUGAAACAGGACCACAGAGUCCCAUCUCCAAUCCUGCUCCAUUGGAGGAAGUGGCCUCUACAUUGCUACCCACCACCUCUGCAUCGUUGGGACAGGCCACCACCAAACCCGUCCUUCUUACCCUGAGAACGUCUCCAACACCAGCAGGGAACAAGGAUCAUGUUUUCUUGAACUCUGUGGGGACUCCAGAAACCAAAGGUGCCCCAGGAAGCAAUGAGGGAACUCAGCUUCAGGGGAUGCCCAGUGAGUUAUCUACCCCGUCUUCCCACCAGGAUGGAUUGAAGGCAUCUCCGCGGCAGGAGUUGGGCAAGGAAGCAUUUGACGUUAGCCACAGAAACAGCCUGUUCCGCGCUCCAGACACUCAAGGUCUGGAUGGGAGACUCCAUAGUUCUCAGCCGCCUGCCAGAGAACCUGCCAGACCUCCGCUACCAAGGGGAACAGCCUGGCCACCAGAGAUGGCCACUCAGAGCUCCUUACGAUACUUUGCAACUGUCCAGCCAUCUCGUCACUCGACCAGGAAGCCAGAAGUAACUGCAUUUCCUUCAAGGCUUUUCCCAGAGAACAAACUCUUCACAGCUCCAAAAUCAGCGACUACGACAACAGCUCGCGUUCCGCUGCACCUGCCCAAACCUGCCAUUCCUGGUGCACGGACCAACCAAAGAAUGGACAGACUCAACGGCGAUAACAAACUCUUUGGAAGUAACACCAUCCUCGAGUCCAGAAUUCCUGUUGGCGAGCUUCCAAAGUCAAUGGUCCCCCCAUAUUCCGUUGGGCGAUUCCCCUUCUUCAUCAACAGGACUCCCUCUUUCCCAAAGUUGGGGGUCACUCUCAAGCCUCAGACGUCCCCCUCUCCUGCCCCAGUCACAAGAGACAACAAAAUGAACCCCGGUCCCUACAACAGGGUCCAUUCUCAGGGCACCAUCCAGGUGGACUUUGGCCCACCCGCUCCUCCUCUGCGCCCUUCCAGGACCACGGCACCCCCUUCGACCCGCCUACACAACGUCCCCCUGAUCUACUCCACCCGCAGCUCCGUCCCCUCCGUGACGCCUCCUGCCCAGUCCUCUGGCACCUUCCACCACAGCACCUCCAAGAUCUUUGUUGGAGGACCGUCGACGUCCAAAUUCUGGGUGCUGGGGGAGAAGCCCCAAAUUGUCACCAAGUCUCCGCAGACUGUGUCUGUCACGGCUGAGACGGAUUUCGCGUUCCCGUGUGAGGCCACAGGGAAGCCCAAGCCCUUCAUCACCUGGACGAAGGUUUCCACAGGAGCGCUCAUGACGCCCAACACCCGGAUUCAAAGGUUUGAGGUCCUCGCUAACGGCACCUUGGUCAUCCGGAGGGUUCAGACUCAGGACCGGGGUCAGUACAUGUGCACGGCCAGCAACCUGCAUGGAGUGGACAAGAUGGUGGUGGCGCUGGCGGUCACCGUGCAACAGCCCCAGAUGCUUGCUUCGCGCUACCAGGACGUCACCGUGUACCUGGGAGACACCAUCGCCAUGGAGUGCCUAGCCAAGGGCACCCCGCUCCCCCAGAUCUCCUGGAUCUUCCCGGACAGGAGGGUGUGGCACGCCGUGUCCCCCGUGGAGGGACGAAUCACCCUGCACGAGAACCGGACCCUGUCCAUCAAAGACGCCUCCUUCUCGGAUAGGGGCGUGUACAAGUGCGUGGCCAGCAACGCGGCGGGCGCCGACAGCCUGGCCAUCCGCCUGCACGUGGCCGCGCUGCCCCCGGUCAUCCAUCAGGACAAGGCCGAGAACAUCUCGCUGCCCCCGGGGCUGAGCAUCCACAUCCACUGCUCGGCCCGGGCCGCGCCCCCGCCCACGGUGCGCUGGCUCCUCUCGGACGGCUCCCAGGUGCGCCCCUCGCAGUUCGUCCGCGGGAACCUCUUCGUCUUCCCCAACGGGACGCUCUACAUCCGCAACCUGGCGCCCAAGGACAGCGGGCGCUACGAGUGCGUGGCCGCCAACCUGGUGGGCACCGCGCGCAGGACCGUGCAGCUGACCGUGCAGCGCGCCGCCGCCAACGCGCGCAUCACGGGCACCUCGCCCCGGAGGACCGAUGUCCGGUACGGGGGGACCCUGCGGCUGGACUGCAGCGCCUCGGGGGACCCCUGGCCGCGCAUCCUCUGGAGGCUGCCGUCCAAGCGCAUGAUCGACGCGCUCUUCAGCUUUGACGCCCGGGUGAAGGUGUUCACCAACGGGACCCUGGUGGUGAAGUCGGUGACCGACAAAGACGCGGGCGAUUACCUGUGCGUGGCCCGCAAUAAGGUGGGGGACGACUAUGUGGUGCUCCAGGUGAACGUGGAGAUGAAGCCCGCCAAGAUCGAGCACAAGGAAGAAAAUGACCACCGCGUCUUGUACGGGGGCGACCUCAAGGUGGACUGCGUGGCCACGGGGCUGCCCAACCCCGAGAUCUCGUGGAGCCUGCCGGACGGCAGCCUGGUCCACUCCCUGAUGCAGUCGGACGACAGCGGGGCGCGCACCAAGCGCUACGUGGUCUUCCACAACGGCACGCUCUACUUCAACGAGGUGGGCCCGCGCGAGGAGGGGGACUACACGUGCGUCGCCGAGAACCAGGUGGGCAAGGACGAGAUGCGAGUGCGCGUCCAGGUGGUGGCCGAGCCCGCGGCCAUCCGGAACAAGACCCACUCGGUGGUGCAGGUGGCUUACGGAGAGGUGGCCACCGUGGCUUGCGAAGCCAAGGGGGAGCCCGUGCCCAAGGUCACUUGGUUCUCUCCAGCCCACCGGCCGAUCCCCGCGUCGUCGUCGUCACCGGACAAGUACCAGGUCUAUGAGGACGGGACGCUCCUCAUCCACAAGGCGCAGCGCUCGGACAGCGGGAACUACACCUGCCUGGUCCGGAACAGCGCCGGCGAGGACAGGAAAACGGUGUGGGUCCAGGUGCACGUGCAGCCCCCCAGGAUCAACGGCCACCCCAGCGCCCUCACCACGGUCCGGGAGGUGGCCACCGCCGGCAGCCGGAAACUGCUGGACUGCCAAGCCCGGGGCAUCCCGUCGCCCAGGGUGCUGUGGGCCUUCCCAGAGGGCGUCAUCCUGCCCGCGCCCUACUACGGAAACAGGGUCACCGUCCACCGCAACGGCUCCCUGGACAUCAGGAGCGUGAGGAAGACGGACUCGGUGCAGCUGGUGUGCAUCGCGCGCAACGAGGGCGGAGAAGCCAGGCUCAGCGUGCAGCUCACGGUCCUGGAGCCCCUGGAGAAGCCCGUCUUCCACGACCCGGUCAGCGAGAAGAUCACGGCCAUGGCCGGCCACACCAUCAGCCUCAACUGCUCGGCCUCGGGGACCCCGCCGCCCACGCUGCUGUGGGUCCUGCCCAACGGCACGGAGCUCCCGAGCGGCCAGCAGCUGCAGCGAUUCUACCACAAGCGCGACGGCAUGCUGCACAUCAGCGGCCUGGCCUCGGUGGACGCCGGGGCGUACCGCUGCGUGGCGCGCAACGCCGCCGGCCACACCGAGAGGCUGGUGUCGCUCAAGGUGGGGCUGAAACCCGAACCGAGCAAGCAGUACCACAACCUGGUGAGCAUCAUCAACGGGGAGAACCUGCAGCUCCCCUGCGCCCCUCCUGGGGCCGGCCGGGGCCGCUUCUCGUGGACGCUCCCCAAUGGAAUGGCUCUGGAGGGUCCCCAAGACCUGGGACGCGUCUCCGUCUCGGAAAACGGCAGCCUCACGGUGCGCGAGGCCUCGGUGUUUGACAGGGGCACCUACGUGUGCAGGGUGGAGAGCCCGUACGGCUCGUCGGUGGUCAGCACCCCGGUCAUCGUGAUCGCCUACCCGCCGCGCAUCACCAGCGAGCCGGUGCCGGUGGUCUACACCCGCCCGGGGAACACGGUGAAGAUGAACUGCUUGGCCAUGGGCAUUCCCAAAGCUGAGAUCACGUGGGAGCUCCCGGACAAGUCACAGCUGACCGCCGGGGCCCAGGCCCGUCUCUACGGGAACAGGUACCUUCAUCCCCAGGGAUCGCUGUCCAUUCAGCGCACCACCCAGAGGGACGCCGGCUUCUACAAGUGCACCGCCAGGAACAUCCUGGGCACGGACUCCAAAACCACGUACGUCCAUGUCUACUGACCAUCUCCGCAGGACGCACGUGGGCGGCCGCUGCUCACUGGGAGGUGAGACCCGGAGGUGAGACCCAGAGGUCAUUGGUAAGGAAAUUCAGGGCGUAAGGAUUGGAGCUCGGGAAGGCGUCGCACCAGGGCACUUUGGUCCCCGUGGGGUUCAAGGUGAGGCUGACCUUGACCUAGCUUCCUUGGCCAAAAGAAGCGCUGAUACCCCCAGCAAGGAGGACCCGGAUUGUCUUGCUAUCCCUGUGAAAACAUGAUCACCUGGUGAAUUCUCAGCCGUGUUUUUUUUUUCACAGGAUGGAACAUUCUAGAAAUUUCUGUUGCUUCAGAAUUCCCGCGUGUCCCUUAAAGGGCUCAGAGCCAGACAGGGUCAGUGCCUUUGUUUUUAAAUCUCUGGUUUCAUAUGCACACCAUGUCAGAUGUAAAGACUUUUCUCUGGAAAUAUCUAUACUGUUAUAAAUAUAAAUAUUAAAAAAAAUUGUUUUCUUCCCCCUUCAGACGAUGAGAGUAGAAAGAGAGAGACUUUCUAGCUCAUUAAAACAUAAUAAAUUAUUGGUCUUUACAAGACUCGGGUACAUUAGAGCAGACAUGGAAAUGCCAUUCAACACCAAUUUCUCCCCGGGCCGCCUUCCGGAACCCUACAUUGGUGGUGAGUGGGGGUGGUGGUGGUUGGUGGGGGUGGAGGCUGGGAUAUUAAAUUUCGUUGCAUGUAAAAUUCAGCUUGAAAGCUGUCCUUGGGUGAUGUAAACAGGAGCCAAAGGAAAAGAGGAAUCCAGGCCCCCAUAGAAGGGCACCGCAGAGUCUUCUAAAAAUAAAUAGUAAAAUGUAAAAAGCCACCAGACUGUUCUGCAGUGCCUUACCUGUCAAUCAAGUCCAACCAGCUGCCCACCCCCCCCACACCCCUGCCAAGGUCAGGAGGCACUGAUGGAGGUCAGGAGAGCUGCUAUCCCCAUGACUGCUUUAUUGUAUUUUUAAGGUCCAUAUGCUGUACAUUUGACAAUAAAGUGAUAUUUUCCAAA